GAAGAGUGAUCAAGCAGCGAAGCAGAGAUGGCAGCGACGGUGAUGUCCUCAGUGACUCUUAAGCCUUCUGCUCCAUUGGUAGCAGCCGAGGUGAAGGCUCUUCCUUCACUUUCCACAAGAUCUUCCUUCAGGGUCUGCGCCAGUGGUGUCAAGAAGAUCAAAACCGACAAACCCUUUGGAAUUGGAGGUGGCAUGGCUUUGAGGGAUGGCAAAGAUGCCAAUGGAAGGAAGCCAACGGGAAAGGGUGUUUAUCAAUUUGUUGACAAGUAUGGUGCUAAUGUUGAUGGAUACAGUCCAAUCUACAAUGAAGAGGAAUGGUCUCCAAGUGGUGAUGUGUAUGUUGGUGGGACAACUGGGUUGUUGAUAUGGGCAGUGACCUUGGCUGGAAUUCUAGGAGGAGGUGCUCUUCUUGUUUACAGCACAAGUGCUUUGGCACAGUAGUCAUCGUCACCUGCUACCUACUAAGUAAACAUCCAUCAUCAUCAUCAUCAUCAACCUUAAUUGUACCAGUACCACCACUUUAUAUUUCACAUUAAUUAUUGGUGGUUGUUAAUUAUUUAUAGAUCGUGAAUGGUCGGCUAUCAAAUAUGUUGUUGCACACGAUUAUGAAAAGCAAGAUGCCUUGGUUAUUACAUGUUAA